AUGUUGAAAUCAAAUGAAACCUCUUAGGUAGAUCCCUCUUAAUUCAUGGUCUACUCACCAGUUCAAACUUAUAACUCAUCAAUGAUAAUCAAUCAAAACCCACAAGAGCCUGCUCCUUAAAAGAAGUACAAGUCAAUUUUUGCUAGAUUCUUCAUUAUCUAAGAUGGAGUAAUCUCUGUUUCCUUAAGGGAUCAAACUAUUAUUUUGAGUGCAUUGAUUUCCAUUUCUCUAAUUGUUAUGGGAUAUUUUUCUUGUCAUAAUAACGAUUUCGAGUGUGAUUUACACGACUUCCCUAUGGUAUCGACUGUUAUUGCACUUCCUAUGUACGAUAGAACUUUCAUUAUCCUGACUACCAUCAUGAUGUUUGGAGUCUAAUAGGUUAAUAUCAGAGCCUUCUAUAAGAAGCUUUAUGGAAUAAUCCCCGACAAAUAAAAUGAUAACAUGUUCAACCUAGGAGUUGUUUCAUGCUUUGCACUUCCUCUCAUUGGAGUAUUCGAUGAGCACAAAUGGGGAACUAUCCAUGGAAUCUGUGCUAUUGCUUUCUUUGGGUGUUUUGGUGUAUACUGUGUAAUGCUUGGAAAUUAUCUCUCAGCCAACAAAGAUAAGUUCAAUCCAGCUGAAUCACACAGCAUUGACAAAAUGAAGCAAGGAUCAAGAGUUAUUGUUGUUCUUUUGGCAGCUCUUUUGCUCUCAUUCAUUUUCUAUCACAGCAAAGUCCCUACUCCAUUGAUUGAAUGGGCAGUUGUUCUUUAUUAUAGCAACUUCUUUGCUAUUGCAAGCUAUGCUAAUGGAUUCUAUGACUCAGUUCAUCAAGAUGGAACUCUAAUCAAACCAUGA